GUAGGCUUUGUACUCAAGUUUGACUGUGUGUUUCAAGUACCGCAGUCCUGUCGCCUUGCAAAAUAGUACCAAAUAUCCGUAUCGAAGUAACGACAGAAAUAUAAAAUAAUUACAAAGAGUCAUUAAAAUUAUUCUUUUUAUAAAAAGUGGAUGAACUGCACAAUUAGUUGCUUUACUCAUUUACUCUGUAAGGACGUUCACUGGGAUUUUUAUGGAACUGAGCAAGUAGUUCCGGUCGAAUUCAUACACGCAAUUUUGGGCUAUCCCACUUGCAGAAAUUUGGUUGAGCGAAGCUAUCCCCGCGAUCCCAACUCUAGGCGAAAGAUGGUGGUAGAGUGAUUUAGAAAGAACAUAAAAUUGUUUUACUAAACCACACGAAGAAGAGAGUUUUCGCCUAAAAUACUUGAUAAUUUGUUGAGCUGAGCUGUUCUUUGCCAGGCAAAGGACAGGCAGAUCACCAUAGACAUGAAGAUUAGGAAAGUAGCGACGAUCAGCGUUCUCAUUUUUGCCGUGAUCAUCGAAUUGGCUACCGCCGCGGCUUGUGUUGGUUGUCAAGGAGCUCCAAGAUGUAUAUGCAAUGGAACGAAAGGUGAUAGGGGUCCACGUGGAACAACAGGGCAGGUAGGAAAUACAGGUGUUCCAGGGUACCCAGGGCCAGAAGGACCACAAGGAUCAAGAGGAAUUAACGGUCAAAAAGGCAACCAAGGUGAUACAGGACCCAAAGGAAUCAGGGGGACGCAAGGACAACCAGGAUAUCCUGGUUACCCAGGGUUGCCAGGCGACUCAGGUGUAGAUGGGCCACCGGGGGAACCUGGUGUCCCAGGAUGUAACGGAACCAAGGGAGAACCAGGACAACCAGGAGGACCAGGACAGAGCACACAAGGUGAUCCCGGACAGGCAGGGCUCCCGGGGCCAAAGGGAGAUCGAGGACUUCCAGGCAAUGCUCUAAAGGGAGUUAAAGGCAGCCUCGGCCCAAAAGGAGAUGAAGGCUCUAAGGGAGAGCCUGGACUGGAUGGAAUGAAAGGCACGAAAGGUGAACGAGGAUAUGAAGGAAGAAAGGGAGGUAGAGGAGACAGUGGUUCUCAAGGACAGAAAGGCGAAAUGGGAGUCAGUUUUCGAGGUGCUAAUGGUGAAAAGGGUCAAAAAGGAGAACCGGGACCGAAGGAAUGUGAUCAAGUAGAACCACCAACUGGUGAUAUAAAAUUUAUACCUGGUCCACCAGGGGAUAAGGGGAAGAGGGGUAAGCCAGGUGUAGAUGGAGAGCAGGGAGAUUUUGGUGAAAAGGGUGAGCAAGGUUUGCCUGGUCAGACUGGCCGUGAUGGACGCAGUGGGGAAAAAGGACAAAAAGGAGAUAGAGGGCGUAUAGGUUUUCAAGGACCCCCGGGAGAAGUAAUUGUUGUGAACGCCAGCUACAAGGCUGAGAAAGGUGAAAGGGGACCACAGGGGCGUGAAGGAGAAGCUGGAUUUCCGGGGCAGCCUGGAGACGAAGGAAUAAGAGGUCUACCUGGAGCUAUUGGAAAUGUUGGACCUAGGGGUGAUCCCGGUCAAAAGGGAGAGCCAGGCCUAAUUGGUGUUGGACAAAAGGGAGAGCCUGGACGGCCAGGUCUUGAUGGAAUGGAUGGUAUGCCAGGACCAAUUGGAGACAAAGGAUUUCCAGGUGAUAGAGGUAAUCCAGGAGUUCCUGGCAUAUCCAUGAAAGGAGACAAAGGUAUGGAUGGAGCUAUUGGCCAACCUGGAAACCCUGGUCCAAGAGGACCCAGAGGACCAUCGGGAGAUAUUGGACCAAAGGGUGAGCCUGGUGACUACACAGGAGCAGUAGGGCCUAAAGGAAACCAGGGGUACAGAGGCCCACAAGGUGAACCUGGUGACCCUGGAGUAAGAGGACAAGAUGGAAGCAAAGGUUCAGAAGGUCUAAAGGGAGAACCAUGCGGCGGAUGCAGUCCUGGAAAUCCAGGUCCCAAGGGCAGUGAUGGUAUACAAGGCCCUCAGGGAAGAGUGGGUCCUCCUGGAGCAAAGGGAGAAGCAGGAGACAUGGGGCCAAGAGGAGAUCCUGGACCUGCUGGCCGUAAUGGAGCUACUGGAAGUAAAGGUGAUGUAGGUCCUCAAGGGGCAGCAGGAGCAGUUGGAAGUCGCGGUCGUACAGGAGCAAAAGGGGAACUGGGAAAACCAGGUCCUGCAGGAAAUAGGGGGAUGAAGGGUAGUGAUGGUCAAAAGGGUGAAAAGGGAUUACCAGGAGAGGCACCAAAUCAAUUUCUACAAGGUGAAAAAGGUAGUAAAGGUGAUAUGGGACCUCAAGGAAGUACAGGACCACCAGGAUUAACAGGAAGAGUUGGGCCCCCAGGUAUAGCAGGAGAUCAAGGUUUUGGAGACCAGGGACAGAAAGGAGAAUCAGGUGUAAAGGGAUCUUUAGGACAAAAGGGUGAUAGAGGAUUCCCUGGUGAACGUGUAGUUGUAAAAGGAUGUAUUGCUGGCCAGAAGGGUGAUCGAGGGCCCCCUGGCAACAAAGGAGAAGAAGGAGCACGAGGACCACAAGGGCUUCGUGGUAACCAAGGUGAAAAAGGUGAUAUCGGUUUACCAGGUGACAGGGGACCAGCUGGCCCACGUGGAAACCCAGGUGCAUCUACUAUAGGACCAAUAGGUCUUAAGGGUGGCCAAGGUCCACAAGGUGAGAGAGGUGUGCCUGGCAGUCCAGGGCCAAUGGGAAGUCCAGGUGAAAAUGGACGCUUUGGAGAUAAGGGAUCAAAGGGAGCUAAAGGAAACGAAGGUCCACCUGGGCCAGAGGGACCAAAGGGAUUUCAAGGGCAACCUGGUGCCCCUGGAUUGAGGGGAGAACAGGGUCCGACAGGAGAAGCUGGCGCACCUGGUAUUAAUGGAAUACCUGGUAGAUCUAUCAAAGGUGAAAAAGGUGAAGUUAGCAUUUGCGUUGAUGGUGCACCUGGCGAAAGUAUACCAGGAGAUAGAGGUUUGACAGGCAUACGAGGAAUUAAAGGGGACGAUGGAGCUCAAGGUGCACCAGGACAAAAGGGUGAGACAGGUGCCCCAGGUCUAAGUAGCCAAAAGGGAGAUCCCGGACCACGGGGCAUUCCAGGGGCGAAAGGGUUCCCUGGGCGAUCAGGUACAAAUGGCAUACCAGGUGUUAAAGGCUCCCAAGGAUCAAAAGGUGAUAAAGGUUCCAUCGGUCCUGCUGGUCUGAAGGGCAGUAUGGGAUCUUCAGGGCGAAUAGGAACUGACGGACCACCUGGACAAAAAGGAGCGAAGGGUAACAUUGGAAUGCCGGGAAAUAAUGGUCUUCCUGGAUCGAAAGGUCAAGUUGGGCCUAAAGGAUCAAACGGCAUCCCAGGAGCGCCUGGAUUUACCGGAAGUCCAGGAGAAAAAGGAGACAGAGGAGAAAGAGGAGUUAGUGGUCCCCCUGGUCCUCGUGGUAGAGAUGGUAAUAGUGGUGAAGUAGGAGAAACCGGUGUACCAGGCAUUGAUGGAGCACCAGGCCCUCAAGGAGAGAGAGGCAUACCUGGUGAAAAAGGUGAUAAUGGCACUCCAGGGUUGCCUGGUUUACGUGGUCCUCCAGGCCCUCGUGGAGCCCCAGGCGCUGAAGGAAAUGAGGGAGUGAAAGGUGAUAGAGGGGUCAGAGGUCAGGAUGGAGGGCCAGGACUUCAAGGACAGCCAGGUGAGAAAGGUGUGAAGGGAAUGAUUGGCAUACCAGGUGCAACUGGGUUAAAUGGCUCACCGGGACUUAAUGGUGUAAAUGGAAAUCCAGGUGGGCCCGGUGAAAAAGGUGAGCCCGGUUUUGGACGUCCGGGACAGAAAGGAGAGCGAGGUCCACGUGGACAAAAAGGUGCUCCAGGACGUAAUGGUGGAAGUGGGGUUAAAGGUGAUAAAGGUGAUGCCGGGAUCCCAGGUACUCCAGGCAGUGAAGGCCCAAUGGGUCCAAUUGGACCUACGGGGACUAAAGGAGCACGAGGCCCCUCGGGAGAAGAUGGAGCAGAAGGUGAGAAAGGUGAAAAAGGUCUGCGAGGACUGCUUGGAAGACCAGGUAGAGAUGGAAAUCCUGGGCUUGAUGGGAGACCAGGCAGUAAAGGACAACCUGGAAGAAUUGGACCUGAGGGAAGAGAUGGCAUUGAUGGAGUACCAGGACCAAGAGGACAGAAAGGUUUCCCUGGGCAACGUGGAGAGAAGGGUAGACCUGGAUUAGAUGCAUUACCAUGCUCAGCACAAAAGGGUGAUAAAGGCGAACGAGGCCCAAAUGGUCAAAACGGAAACCCUGGACCAAAAGGCUCAGAUGGUCUUAUUGGUCUACCAGGAGACAUUGGCCAGAAGGGUGAAGUUGGCCGCCCAGGCAUUGGAAUUAAGGGAGACACAGGUUCAAGAGGUGUUCCGGGUACAUCUGGUAGUGUUGGAGAUAAGGGAGACAAGGGAGUGGAAGGUCCCAGAGGAAACCCAGGCUUUCCAUGUAGCAAGGGAGAACCUGGAGCACCGGGUCCAAGUGGUCCUCCUGGGCAACUUGGACGUCGAGGAAAUCCAGGACAAGAAGGACCAAGAGGAAAUCCAGGUAUUAAAGGAAUCAAGGGAAACACUGGUUUCCCAGGUCCUAUAGGAGUCCGUGGUCUAACUGGAGAUCCUGGUCCUCCAGGUACCUCUGGAUUGCCUGGACAAAAGGGAGAAACUGGGUUCAGUGGGUUACGUGGACCACCAGGACAAACUGGGCUAAAGGGAGACAAAGGAAGUGCAGGAUUCCCUGGUUCAAGAGGACCUAUAGGCCUUGAAGGGAUCAAGGGUUCACAAGGACGUGAUGGACAACCUGGCCCAGGAGCCCCACCUGCCGGAUUCUACUUGACGAGGCAUAGUCAGACCAUCCAGGUGCCCACGUGUCCAGCUGGUACCACCAAGAUGUGGGAUGGUUACAGCUUCUUGUAUGCACAGGGAAAUGAACGCGCCCAUGGCCAAGAUUUAGGUCAACCAGGCUCUUGCCUUAGGAGAUUUAGUACAAUGCCAUUCUUGUUCUGUAACAUCCAAAACACCUGUAACUUUGCCAACCGUAAUGACUACUCCUAUUGGCUCUCAACCAACCAACCCAUGCCUAUGGAUAUGGCCCCCAUCAAAGCUAAUGCCAUGCGUCCAUUCGUAAGCCGUUGCAGUGUAUGCGAGGCCACAGCUCAAACGUUAGCGGUGCACAGUCAAACAGUUGCUGUACCUGAUUGUCCAGCCGGCUGGAGAGAACUCUGGAUUGGUUAUAGUUUUGUUAUGCAUACUGGCGCAGGAGCUGAAGGUUCUGGACAAUCGCUGGCAUCUCCCGGCUCCUGCUUAGAAGAAUUCCGCCCAUCACCAUUUAUUGAAUGCCACGGUGAUGGCAAAUGCAACUACUAUGCCACAACAUACAGUUUCUGGCUGGCCACCAUCGACCGCAAUGGACAGUUCACUAAGCCAAGCUCUGAGACCCUUAAACAAAACCAAGUAGAGCGUGUUGGUAGAUGUAAAGUGUGCAGCAGAGACCCAUUAACAACAUAAUCAGGGCUUUCUCAUUUAUCGUGCUCCUGAUAAAAUCCAAACUGUUGUAUAUCAAACUUAUUAAAUUCAGUAUUCAGGUUUUUUUUAUAGCAAACUUCCUGUGACAAACAAUUUUUUAAUGUUUAUUAUCAUUAUGUCAAAAGCGAUUAACUUGUACAGGUAUAUAUUUAUAUAUUCUUAAUAUUUCGGAUCAUUCUAUCAACAACAAAGUUGUACUUCAUUUGAAUAAUUUUUUUGGCAUGUUGAAUUUGUGUCUAUCAUAAUAGUGGUAGGCAUAUCUGAACUUGUAGGGGAUAGCUAUGUAUCUUUUGUAGGGGUGUAGAUAUGCACCCCUGUAGGUGUAGCUCCGUAUGAGUGUUGCAGGAGUGGUAAUGACUUCCACCGUGGAGACAGUAAUUGGAAUAGCUAGUCUCCUUAACGGUAAUGACUACCACCCUUAUGGGAACAAGUGACAUUUACUUAAGAUGGUGACUUGCCCUUAUGGUGACAAUAUACAAAAGGGGAAUUUCCUGUAAUAGAAGCAAGCCACA